UGCCAUUUCCCAUUAGCGUACUUUUCCUGGUAUCCCAAAAUUUUCAAAUACCUGUCUGUUGGAAAUUUCUGCUUCAAUUUGCACUUGACUGACUAAAACAACUUUUCAGUCAACGUACCAGAGCCAACCAUUGCCAUAACCCUGUCAAGAGUCAUGUACUAUCUAACCCCUCUUCCAUUAGGCCAUUACCACACUACCCUGUUUCCUUGCAGCAUUCCACGCCCAGAACAACCACCACCGUCACCCCCUUCUAAUUCCUCCACCAAUGCACCCCCUCAGCACCGCUGCUGCCACCUCCUUCCUUUCCACCCUCUUAUUGUUCCUCCACUUAACGGCAUCAUCUCCUUCGAAUGACAUGAGUAAUCUUUCAAACUGCAACCAAACAUUCUCUUGUGGUGCCCUCACAGACAUCACCUACCCUUUCACCGGUGGCCAACGUCCAUACCACUGCGGCCCGCCGGAGUUCCGGCUCAAAUGUGAUGGUGAAUCAGUAACCACCCUCAUAGUUAAAUCACUGCCUUACCGAGUCAUUUGGGUUGACCAAACCACCCAAACCUUAAGGCUCUCAUGUUUAGACUUCCACGAUGACCGUCCAUGCCCCGUCCCAUCCAAUUGCACCACUUUUGAUAACGUUAUCUUCAGCCUUGCCUCCAACCAUGAAACCCUUACUUUCUAUUAUGGGUGCAAGAACUUAGGUGGCUCUGUCGAGGAAAACUCUAAGUUCUCAUGUCCCAUGCCAGGAGAUUCAGAAGAUGGGUUUUUCGAGGUUGGUGAUCAUCCUCCUGUGGACCGGUACUGGUGUCGGACUAGUUUUCAAGUGCCAUUUGUCCGGAGUUGGAAACAACAACUUCAGGCUGAUGGGUCAUCAUUACUUAGUAAGGUUUUGAAAGAAGGGUUUGAUGUCAGUUAUAGGGAUCCUUACGGUGCUGAUUGUCAGAAAUGUUCCAAGCAUUCUGGUAGGCAAUGUGGGUUUGAUGGUAAUCCUAUUUGCAUCUGUAAUGAUCACCUCUGUCCUGCGAAGUCUAACCGAAAACCACUUAUAAUAGGAGCCAGCUUGGCAAGUGGAGCACUUGUCAUCUUUGUGGGAUGCUGGAUCAUAGUUGUCAAACAAAUGAAGAAAAGAAAAUCUGCCCUAGUGCAAAGCGAAGGCCUUCCUGCAGUUACACCUACUUCAAGCAACGGCCUUGCUACUUCAAUUAAUUUCUUUCGAACUACUCCUCUUGCCAACUUAAAGUCUGACCUUGAUAAGGGCAGUACCUAUCUUGGAGUCAGGGUGUUCAGCUACAACGAACUCGAGGAAGCCACUAAUUGUUUUGAUUCUUCAAAAGAACUUGGAGAUGGAGGGUUUGGCACUGUUUACUAUGGAGUACUUAGGGAUGGGCGUGUGGUUGCUGUCAAGCGCCUAUAUGAGAGCAGCAUGAGACGUGCUGAGCAGUUUAUGAAUGAAAUUGAGAUCCUAGCUCAUUUGCGCCACAAGAACCUGGUGGAACUCUAUGGAUGCACCUCAAGGCAUAGCCGAGAGCUUCUACUUGUUUAUGAAUACUUGCCUAAUGGAACUGUCGCUGAUCAUCUUCAUGGAAGACAGUCGAACUCUGGUUUGCUCACUUGGCCUGUUCGGUUGAGCAUUGCUAUAGAGACAGCCAGUGCACUUGCAUACCUCCACGCUUCAGAUGUCAUACAUCGUGAUGUCAAAACCAAUAACAUUCUCCUAGACAACGACUUCCAUGUGAAAGUGGCUGAUUUUGGUUUGUCGAGAUUGUUCCCAACUGAUGUAACUCAUGUAUCGACUGCUCCUCAAGGGACGCCUGGUUAUGUUGAUCCGGAGUAUUAUCAAUGCUACCACCUCACCAACAAGAGCGACGUUUACAGCUAUGGCGUGGUCUUGAUUGAGCUGAUAUCAGCUUUAGAAGCAGUGGACAUCACUAGGCAUCAGCAUGAUAUUAAUUUGUCCAACAUGGCAGUGAAAAAAAUCCAAAACCAUGCUUUAAAUGAGUUGGUUGAUCCAUUUCUUGGAUUCGAUAAGGAUUUCGUGGUAAGGGAGAUGGUAUCUUCAGUUGCAGAAUUAGCUUUCAUGUGUUUGCAACAUGAAAGGGAAAUGAGGCCAACUAUGGAAGAAGUUUUGGAGGUAUUAAGAGGAAUUGAGAGAGAAAAUUAUGGAGCAGGGAAAGGAGGUGUUGAAUGUUAGGGACGAUGAUGUUGGCUAUUGAAGCAUGCUCCUCCCCCACUUCAACUUUCACCAGACUCCACGACAGAUCAAUUUUGGGCUAGCAGUUCUUCAACUGUAACACCUCAUUCCUACUAGCAGUUGAUAUUCUCUAGUCCUUUUUACGAAGAAAUUUUCAAAUGUCCUACAAAUAUCCCAUAUGUCAAUGGUUUUGAGGUUUAUUAAUUAUCCUUUCUUUGUAUGGUGUU